GGGUACAGUCCGUACACUGUUCAGAUGUGGAGCCGGGAAGUAUUUAUCCUCAGUCACGGGAUUUGAGCCUCACGAUUACAUACCGCCUAAAUAGCACAAUAGCGUCAACCACAACUCACUGCAAGAGAUAUCAACUUCUGCGGAAAUAUCAGCAUACCUCGAUGAGUAUCUAUGUUUAGCCUGCUUGCAUGAGGCAGAUGCCACAUGCCAGUUUCCAAAUCAAUACCCCAUCAUGGCGCAGGCAGCUUCGGGGACUGACGCGACCCAGCGCAUUUUCCACGAUCUGAAGUCCAAGCACGAAGACACCCGCUCCCGCGCAUCAUACGAGCUCCACGAUAAUGUCGUCGCUGUUUCUAGAGAGCUUCCUCCCGAUAAAUUCAUCGAAUACUACAACGUUGUCUCUCAACGUAUCGCCCAGCUCGUUGUUACCGGAAAUGACGCAAACGAGAAGAUUGGUGGGCUUCUCGCCCUCGACAGGUUGAUCGAUUUCGAUGGCGUGGAUGCUGCUCAAAAAACCACCCGGUUCGCAAGCUACUUACGAAGUGCCCUACGUAGCAAUGAUAACGCAGUUUUAAUAUAUGCAGCACGCUCCCUGGGUCGUCUGGCCAAGCCUGGAGGUGCUUUGACUGCGGAGCUGGUGGAAAGCGAAAUCCAAUCUGCCCUGGAAUGGUUACAGUCUGAAAGACAAGAGAGUAGACGGUUUGCAGCUGUCCUAGUCAUCCGGGAGCUUGCAAACGGUUCCCCGACCCUACUUUACGGCUUUGUCCCACAGAUAUUUGAGCUCAUUUGGGUAGCAUUGCGAGAUCCAAAGGUUCUCAUUCGGGAGACCUCUGCCGAAGCAGUAAGCGAAUGUUUCGAAAUACUGGCGGCUAGAGAUGUGCAGGUCCGUCAACAAUGGUUUGGCCGGAUUUACGAGGAGUCUUUGCAGGGCUUAAGGUCCAGCAAUGUGGAUUGGAUUCAUGGCUCGCUCCUCACCUUGAAAGAGCUCCUCCUGAAAGGGGCCAUGUUCAUGAACGAGCAUUAUCGAAAUACCUGCGAAAUAGUACUACGCCUCAAAGAUCACCGUGAUCCGAAGAUUCGAACACAGAUCGUCCUUACCAUCCCGAUUCUAGCAUCCUACGCACCUCUAGAGUUUACCAAUGUAUAUCUACAUAGAUUUAUGAUAUACUUACAAGCGCAGUUAAAGCGGGAUAAGGAGCGAAACGCCGCUUUCAUUGCCAUUGGAAAAAUCGCGAAUGCGGUGGGCAACUCUAUCGGGCAGUUUCUUGAUGGGAUUAUAGUUUAUAUACGGGAAGGCCUAACAAUGAAAGCUCGCAACCGCGCAGCGGUCAACGAAGGUCCGAUGUUCGAGUGCAUCAGCAUGUUAUCGUUGGCCGUUGGACAAACCCUUAGCAAAUAUAUGGAGGCCUUACUGGAUCCAAUAUUCGCGUGCGGGCUAAGCGAAUCUCUCACGCAGGCUUUGGUGGACAUGGCGCACUAUAUACCUCCCAUCAAGGCAACGAUCCAAGAAAAAUUGCUUGAUAUGCUAAGCAUAGUCCUGUCUGGUUCCCCGUUUCGACCCCUUGGCUGCCCGGAAAAUCGGCCACCGCCAAUGCCUUCGUUUGCAAAGGACUACGGAACUUUCCUGCAAGAACCAACUGAUACUGAAAUAGCCCUUGCAUUACAUACGCUUGGCAGCUUUGACUUCUCUGGACAUAUUUUGAACGAAUUUGUUCGCGACGUUGCUAUCACAUUUGUCAAUAAUGACAAUCCGGAAAUUCGGAAAGCGUCUGCGUUAACGUGUUGCCAACUAUUCGUCCACGAUCCAAUCAUCAAUCAAACCAGUAGUCACUCCAUCCAAGUUGUCAGCGAAGUUAUAGAUACUCUUCUAUCUGUUGGCGUGGGGGAUCCAGACCCGGAAAUUCGACGAAUCGUCCUGGAGUCACUAGACCGAAAGUUCGACCGCCAUUUGGCCAAACCUGAGAAUGUUCGAUGCCUCUUCCUUGCAGUGAACGAUGAAGUAUUUGCUGUUCGGGAAGCAGCGAUUAGUAUUAUCGGACGACUUUCUAGCGUCAAUCCUGCCUACGUUUUCCCGCCGUUACGAAAACUGCUGGUGAAUUUGUUGACUGGACUCAGUUUUGCUACCACGUCCCGCCAAAAGGAGGAAAGCGCACAGCUGAUCAGCUUGUUUGUUGCGAAUGCCACGAAACUUGUUCGAUCCUAUGUUGACCCCAUGGUGACGGCUCUAUUUCCAAAAACAACUGAUCCAAAUGCCGGAGUCGCGUCGACGACAUUGAAAGCCAUUGGCGAACUUGCGACAGUGGGUGGGGAGGAUAUGAGGCAAUAUUUACCACAGCUUAUGCCUAUUAUCUUGGAAGCGCUUCAAGAUUUAUCAUCCCAGUCUAAGCGAGAAGCAGCGUUACGAACGUUGGGCCAACUUGCGAGUAACGCAGGAUAUGUCAUCGAACCUUAUAUUGAAUAUCCAAACCUCCUAGCUGUUCUAAUUAACAUUAUAAAAACCGAGCAAACCGGGUCACUGAGAAAGGAAACCAUAAAGUUGCUUGGUAUUCUCGGCGCUUUGGAUCCAUAUAAACAUCAGCAAAUUAGUGAAUCUUCACCUGAUAUCCAUCAUGUCAAUGAAGUCCAGGCGGUAUCAGACGUUUCCCUUAUUAUGCAAGGUCUCACGCCCUCCAAUGAGGAGUAUUAUCCAACUGUGGUGAUCAACACCCUCCUUCAAAACAUUCUCAACGAAAGUUCUCUCUCCCAAUACCACUCUGCUGUCAUCGAUGCCAUUGUCACCAUAUUCAAGACCUUGGGUUUGAAAUGCGUACCAUUCUUAGGGCAAAUUAUCCCUGCUUUCCUCGCCGUCAUCCGAAGCACUCCCACAAGUCGUCUUGAGUCCUACUUUAACCAAUUAGCAAUCCUAGUGACCAUUGUUAGACAACACAUCCGAGCCUUUUUGCCAGAAAUCAUUGAGGUUAUUCGUGAAUUCUGGGAUUGCUCUUACCAGGUCCAAGCAACAAUAUUGUCUCUUGUCGAGGCAAUCGCAAAGUCGCUGGAAGGAGAAUUCAAGAAGUACCUGGCUGGCUUGAUUCCGCUUAUGCUUGACACCCUAGACAAGGAUACUACACCAAGACGACAACCAUCAGAAAGGAUUCUACACACAUUUUUGAUAUUUGGGCCUAGUGGGGAGGAGUAUAUGCAUUUGAUCGUUCCGGCCAUUGUUCGUCUAUUUGACAAAAGCCAAGGGCCUCCGGGGAUUCGAAAAUCUGCUAUUGAGACUCUGGGAAAGCUCUCACGCCAGGUCAACGUAUCCGAUUUCGCUUCUCUUAUGAUACAUCCCCUAUCAAGGGUGGUCGCGGGUAGCGAUCGUACCCUACGUCAGGCCGCACUGGAUUGUAUCUGCACACUUAUAUUCCAGCUGGGACAGGACUUCAAUAACUACAUCCAACUCAUGAACAAGAUUGUUCAAACGCAUCAGAUAAAUCAUCACAAUUACCAAAUUCUCGUUUCAAAACUGCAGAAAGGGGAUCCGCUUCCUCAAGAUCUGAACCCCGACGAACACUAUGGGACGCUUGGUGACGAUUCUACGUUCGCGGAUGUCGGCCAAAAGAAAAUCCUUGUUAAUCAACAACAUUUGAAAAAUGCAUGGGACGCGUCUCAAAAAUCGACGCGGGAGGACUGGCAAGAGUGGAUUCGAAGAUUUAGUGUUGAGCUCCUAAAGGAGUCCCCAUCACAUGCGCUUCGUGCCUGUGCUAGUUUGGCUGGAAUUUACCAGCCCCUUGCGAAAGAUCUCUUCAAUGCCGCGUUUGUCUCUUGCUGGACGGAACUUUAUGGGCAGUACCAAGAAGAGCUUGUUCGUUCCAUAGACAUGGCACUUACAUCACAGAAUAUUCCUCCAGAAAUUCUACAAAUCCUUCUCAACCUUGCAGAAUUCAUGGAACACGACGACAAGGCACUGCAUAUCGACAUCAGAACCCUGGGCAAGUAUGCCGGAAAAUGCCAUGCCUUUGCUAAAGCACUUCAUUAUAAGGAAUUGGAAUUCGAACAAGAUCAAAAUUCCGGCGCAGUGGAAGCGUUAAUCAGCAUCAAUAAUCAACUUCAGCAAUCAGAUGCUGCUAUUGGUAUCCUUCGUAAAGCCCAGGCGUAUAGGGAUGUUGAGCUCAAAGAAACGUGGUUCGUCAAGCUACAACGUUGGGAAGAAGCGCUAGCUGCGUAUAAGCGACGCGAGCUUAUCGAUCCGGAUUCAUUUGAUGUCACUAUGGGAAAAAUGCGGUGCUUGCAUGCGCUUGGUGAAUGGAAAAUGCUUUCCGAUCUUGCUCAGGAAAAAUGGAAUCAAGCCUCUAAUGAGCAUCGAAAGGCUAUGGCGCCUCUAGCUGCGGGCGCGGCUUGGGGCCGUGGCCAGUGGGAGCUUAUGGAUUCCUAUAUUGGGGUGAUGAAAGAACAAACUCCGGACCGAUCAUUCUUUGGCGCCAUUCUUGCUAUACAUCGCAACCAAUUUGAUGAAGCGGCGAUGUUCAUUGAAAAAGCGCGGAAUGGCCUAGAUACGGAACUUUCGGCAUUGCUGGGAGAGUCUUAUAACCGUGCCUAUAAUGUUGUUGUUCGUGUCCAAAUGCUUGCAGAACUUGAAGAAAUCAUCACAUACAAGCAGAACGCCAACGACCCUGAGAAGCAGGAGGCAAUGAAAGAAACAUGGAAUAAACGGCUUCUAGGCUGCCAGCAAAACGUUGAGGUAUGGCAACGUAUGCUUAAAGUCAGGGCCUUAGUCGUAUCGCCUCGCGAGAAUUUGGACAUGUGGAUCAAGUUUGCGAACCUAUGCCGCAAGUCUAAUCGCAUGGGUCUAGCGGACCGUUCUCUAAGCUCCUUGGAAAGUGGCGAGGGAUCCGACCAGCCGACACCACCAGAGGUUAUAUACGCUCGGCUCAAGUAUGACUGGGCUGCUGGGCGCCAAAAAGAGGCACUUCAAAUGUUAAGGGACUUCACCGUUGGGUUAACUGAAGAAUUUUCACGGUAUAGUUCUGUUCUCAUUGCGCAUGGCGAAAAUGCCAAUUCAGACAAACCCGGCCUUGUUAAUGGCAUUACCGACCAUCCUGAUCUGGCCACCGCACGUCAACAUAUCGGUGACGUGGGUAAGUUUCGACGGCUACUCGCAAAAAGCUAUUUGAAGCAGGGCGAGUGGCAAACGGCACUACAAAAGGGAGAUUGGACUUCGGAAGGUGUACGCGAUGUCUUGACCUCGUAUUCAGCGGCGACCCAAUACAAUCUUGACUCCUACAAAGCCUGGCACGCCUGGGCGCUAACAAAUUUUGAGGUUGUGAACGCAUUGAGUACUCAGACGAACCGAGAAACAUUUGUUCCCCAUCAUAUUGUCCUUGAGCAUGUCAUACCGGCCAUUCGAGGAUUUUUCCGCUCCAUUUCACUGUCGUCGACCAGCUCACUACAAGACACCCUGAGGCUUCUCACACUUUGGUUUAACCAUGGUGGCGACGCUGAAGUUAGCGGCGUGGUAACUGAAGGAUUCUCUUCAGUCAGCGUCGAUACGUGGCUCGAGGUCACCCCUCAACUUAUCGCACGUAUCAAUCAGCCGAAUGCUCGGGUGAGGGGAGCUGUCCAUCGAUUACUUGCUGAAGUUGGAAAAGCCCACCCACAGGCCCUGGUUUAUCCUCUGACCGUGGCGACGAAAUCCAACGUUGUUAGGCGAUCGCAAUCAGCUACUCAUAUUAUGGAUAGUAUGAGGCAGCACAGCCCAAGGCUGGUUGAACAAGCAGAGAUUGUCAGUCAUGAAUUGAUUCGUGUUGCUGUCCUGUGGCACGAACUUUGGCAUGAGGGUUUGGAGGAAGCUUCUCGAUUAUACUUUGGAGAUCACAAUGUCGAAGGCAUGUUUGCCACGUUGGCGCCGUUGCAUGAUAUGCUUGAUAAGGGUGCUGAGACGCUUCGAGAAGUCUCCUUUGCUCAAGCAUUCGGUCGUGACCUUGCAGAAGCCAAGCACUUUUGCAUUCUUUACCGCGAAUCACGAGUUAUAGGUGAUCUCAACCAAGCCUGGGAUCUAUACUACACUGUCUUCCGGAAAAUUGCUCGCCAACUUCCUCAGCUGUCGACACUAGACCUGAAAUACGUAUCUCCUAAACUUAAAGACGCCGUUGAUCUCGACUUGGCAGUUCCUGGCACAUAUCAGAGCGGUAAACCUGUGAUCAGAAUUAUGAGCUUCGAUCCAGUAUCGACUGUGAUGCAGACCAAGAAACGACCCCGCAAAAUGACGCUGAAAGGUAGUGACGGAAAUUCAUAUAUGUACGUCCUCAAAGGUCACGAGGAUAUCCGGCAAGAUGAGCGUGUAAUGCAACUUUUCGGACUCGUAAACACCCUCCUUGAUCAUGAUAGUGAAAGUUUCAAACGCCAUCUCACAAUCCAACGCUUCCCUGCCAUUCCACUGUCGCAGAACUCUGGGUUAAUUGGCUGGGUUUGCAAUACCGACACACUGCAUGCUCUGAUCAAAGAAUACCGUGAGAGCAGACGUAUUCUAGUUAAUAUCGAGCAUCGCAUUAUGCUCCAGAUGGCUCCAGACUAUGACAACUUGACCCUUAUGCAGAAGGUUGAGGUAUUUGGAUAUGCCAUGGAUAACACUACCGGGAAAGACCUAUACCGUGUCCUAUGGCUCAAGAGCAAGAGUUCUGAAUCUUGGCUGGAGAGACGAACGAACUACACUAGGUCACUGGGUGUUAUGUCCAUGGUUGGAUACAUCCUCGGCCUAGGUGACCGUCACCCGUCGAAUCUUCUUCUUGAUCGCAUUACCGGCAAGAUCGUGCAUAUUGAUUUCGGCGACUGCUUCGAAAUCGCGAUGCAUCGUGAAAAAUACCCUGAGCGCGUUCCUUUCCGUCUUACCCGAAUGCUCACGUUUGCUAUGGAGGUUAGCAACAUCGAAGGCAGUUAUCACAUCACUUGCGAGGCUGUAAUGCGGGUCAUCCGAGAGAAUAAGGAGUCAUUGAUGGCCGUAUUGGAAGCGUUCAUUCACGAUCCCCUCAUAAACUGGCGUCUAGGCGCUCGAGAAUCACCCACCCGACCAUCCUUCCCCACAGACCGCCGCCAAUCCAUUGUCGACGAAAUAAACGUAGACCAUUCCGUGCAACCUAGCAAUUUCUCCCGUCGACGUCCAUCGAUUCUUGAAGGCGGCAUACUUGACGCGCAACAGGGUGUGCCCAAUGAGGCACGGGAAGUGCAGAACGCACGAGCGCUUCAGGUCCUCUCGCGAGUCAAGGAGAAGUUGACAGGACGCGAUUUCAAGUCAACAGAAGAGUUGAACGUUUCAGACCAGGUGGACAAAUUACUAGUCCAAGCUACGAGUGUGGAGAAUCUCUGUCAACAUUACAUUGGGUGGUGUAGUUUUUGGUGAUAUUUUAUUUUCUCUACUUUUCUUUUCAUUAGAAUACAAGAUAUGUGAGUACGAUGCAUGUGUAAUAUCGGGUUGGAAAUUUCCUUUUUACCUUUCACAUUCCGAUCUUUUGCUCUAAUGCGGCUUACGACGUGCGUGCGUAUCUAUGUGUAUCUGCUUCUUUAUCAUAGAUUUGUGUGCGAUCUAUCACCUAUUUGUUUCAAUUUGCCAUUUUAUUGAGUCGAGUUCGAUGGUUGACUGUACUUAGCCUGAUAAUGAUACCCCCUUUUCUUCCAAGUCCAUAGACCGAUGGGUGAGGAUGGGAUGCGUUGAAUAUUUGCCAGUGCGGAGGGUUUGACAGGCAGGCCAUAAUGACGUCAUCCAGCGACCCAUGCAGCAGCAUAUGAAAUCCAGCAAAUUUUACAGGAGUUCGGCAUAUUUUGGCUCACAAAUCCUGGUUGUAUCUAGCUCGGAGGCUACCAAAGGGAACCCAAAGGGAAAGCCAUGGUGGGAAUGUUGAGAUGUACCGUUUCUCUUUCCGGGAUUACCCUUGCAGCGAAGCUCUGGGAAACGAGGAAAACAGGCCGUUGGAAGGGCCUAAAGUUAUGUAGAAACAAAAGUUUUAAGGGUAUACUAGCAAUGACAAAAUGAUGGAGGUGGAAGGUUGGUUGAUUGCAUCUAAUCUAACCUAUCCAUGGAUAUAGGGUGUGGGUCACGUGGCCAUAUAGGGCAUCCGGCCGACACAGAAAGGGAGAACUAAAUUAGAUACAAACCUCCAUUUUUGAAAGGGAGAAAAGGGAAGAAUAAAAGAUAUAGACAAAAAGAGGGUUCAAAUCGUGAGAAAAUGGAGAAAGGCUAGUAUUAAUAUGUCAAAGGGGAGGGGGGAGGGGAAAAUUAGUAAAACAUAGGCUGGCAGACAACGGUCACGCAUGAUAUAACAGAACCCACAUUUUCUAUCAUACGCGCAAUUUACUCCGAAGCAGCAGCAGCAGCCUUCUUCACCUUUUUCGUAGUACCGGCGGUCUCAACAAGGUCCACAAACCCAUCUCCCCUUAACCAUGCAAAAGCCUUCCUCAAACCCGCCCCAUCAACCGCACUGGGGUUCUUUUCCAACAAUGCCCCAAUAAGUGCCCACGACGCAACAAACACGAAUAGAUCCCCUCCCUUCCAGCCGCGCCAUACCCCGCGCUUCUUCCCAACCUUCCAGGCAGAGUCAACCGCUAGACGGAAGAAAUAGAGGAACAGGGACCGAUUACCCUGGCCCGCCAAGGCAAAUGGUAAUCCACCCAGGGCACCACUGAGGUAGAAGCGCUGUGUGGGCAACAGUGAGCGGGGCAGGAAGGAAUUGAAUAGACACACACUACCCCAGGCGGCUCCCAGGGAGGUGGAGAUGAUGGCGGUCCUAGAGAGGAUUUUGGUGCAGAGGCCGUUUAUGGCGAGGAUCGGGCUGGUGAGGAAGGCUUUGAAUUUCAGGAGGGAGAGGGCUAGGUAUACCUUUGUGAGGAAGCGGGCGAGGAGGGGGAUUGAAAGAAGGUAUUGAUGGAGAGAGGCGGUCACGCAGGAGGGGGAUUUGGGGUGGAGGAGGGCACAGGAGAGAGAACCAAUGGAGGGAUGCGCGGGGGAGGUUAUGACGGAUAUGGAUUGGAGCGAGUCUGGGAGGGUUUUGGGGUUUGAGGGGUGGAGGAUUGGGGAGGUAAAGACGCUAUCAUGGGGGAUGUGAGUUAGUUAAAGUUCUUUUAAUUUGGCGGGCAUGUACGGAGGAACUCACGGCCAUCUCAACUCAGAGAUUUUAGCUAGCGCGUCUACAGCCUCAUAUUGGUCUGGCCAAUGGCGGUCCACUGGGUAGCUACCUGGUCGAGGGUGGGUGUGACCAGGGGUAAAUUUAAGUAUAAAGUCACCGAACCACUAGAAAAAUACAGUCAGCCUUAUCGCAGUCCACGUAUCGGAAGAGCGUUGAUAUCCAAAUCCUCGGAACAUACCUUCGGCUCGGCAUCCCGAUCAAAUAUGAAUGCAUGGAACAAUUGGGCAAAGGAAACUGGCAUCAACAGCCAGCUCCCAAACCACCACGGCCGGUCUUUGAACCAUCCUUGGGCGUCUAGUUCAUUAAACAAAAAUUCCAAGCUCCGGGUUGACAUGUAAAUUGCCAGUGUGAGACGAAGUUGGCUCUGCGGGAAAGCACCCAGGGCAAACCCCGCUAAACUAGAACCAAUCGCGGGCGCAUAUUUCGAUGUCAAGGCGCGAGAAAUUCGAGGGUUACGCUCACGAAAUGGACGUGCAUCGUCCGUCCGCAGGUUUGCGCGCAAUCUGAGAAAAAAUCGGCGCAAAAGACGGUGUAAGAGGAGAGUUAAGGAUAGAGCAGCUGAAAGUCGAAAUGCGGGAGAAUGGCGGAAGGGAACUUUUGGAGGUUUGCUGUCGUUUGUGGCAAAGGAUUAGUUCACUUUCAUAUAGCUUCCUUAUAAUUGAGUAUAGUAAGAGGCUUACGCGGCGUUUGGAGCCUUUCUCUCUGCUAGCUUUUGUGAUAUAUACGCAAAGAGUUUCAUGCCCGCCCCGGUGACCAGGAUGACGCGCAGUGAGGCGCGGAUAGCGGCCUCAUUGUAUUUGUUCUGGGAUUUAACUAUUUCUCUGAAGGAGGUAGGGUCCAAGGUUCGAUUCUGGACAGCAGGAGGUAGCC